GGUGAGACAGCGCUUCACAGAGCAGUGGAUGUAGGCAGUACUGAGAUUGUAAAGCUGCUCAUUGGAGUUUCUUCUGAUGUCAAUGCCACAAAUGCAGACGGUGAUACAGUUCUCCACAAAGCAGCGCUAAGAAACAACAUCGACAUUAUUGAACUUCUCGUAAACGCCAAAGUAAGUGUUGGCGCUGUGAAUAAUAAUGGUGAAACGGCCCUGCACGUCUCAUCAGCAUCUGCGGAGAGUGAUCCUGCUUCUUUCUGUCUGAAUUGUACCGAUUUCAUAAAUAUAGGACUUGAAUCUGGAACUACGGAAAAACAGAGAAGUGCUGAAUAUGGCCCUUGUGCCAUUGUCCAAUAUCUGAUUAAAGCAGGUGGAGACAUUAACCUAGAAGACAGAUAUGGGAAUACACCACUUACAAUAGCUGUGACCAAUAAUAAUCUAAUGUUAGCACACAUUCUGAUUAAUGGCGGUGGUGAUGUCAACAAAGUGUACAAGAAAAAUGUGGGCAUCCAAUCAACUUGCUUGCAACAGACGUGCCACGGCCAUCUCAGGGAAAGAUAUAUUCCUGUUCAUGCAAGGCACUGUUGCAGUGUUUCAUCUAACACUCACCAAGGUUUAAUGCAGUCACUAGAUCUAAGUCUUCUCUGGGUGGCAUUGUAUAGAAAAUUUCACCGCACUGAGAUGGCCAAACUGCUGAUUCAGCACGGAGCCGACAUCAAUGUUUCAAAUGAAGACAGGACAACUGUCCUGAUGCUGGCGGUGGAUCAGCUCGAUGUCAAGUGGGUUGAGGAUCUCAUAGGGGCCGGUGCUGAUGUUGACGCCACAGACAGCUUUGGUGACAGUGUGUUGAUCCGUGCUGUGAGGCUUGUGAUCCAAGAAAUUCAGAAUCAAAAGCGUACAACACGCUUGGGAUUUCUCUUUCACACAAAUGUAGUAAGUGCUGCUGAAAACUCCCAAACGAUUCUGCAUCUUCUCCUAAAGGCUGGAUGCUCCAUCAAUUCUCAAAACUUUCCGAACCCGAUGGUGUUGGCCGUCAAUGGUUGUCAUAAAGACUGUGUGAAACUAUUACUUGAAUACGGGGGAGAUGUAAAUGCUCAUGAUGAGGAAUUAAACACUCUGACCAUGUUGGCGAUUAGAAAUAAUUCUCUGGAUAUUGUUGAAGUCCUCAUGGCCUGUGGUGCUGUCGUGAACUUAAGAAAUAAGUUUGGUGACCUGGCGUUACAUUAUGCCGCAAAAUGUAAAAAAUCACAAAUUAUGCAAAUUGUUCUUGAAAAAAUUGUUGGCAGCAAUGGUAAGGAAAUGACCAAGCUGGGAAGCAAGAGAUGUAAACUUACCCACAAGAAGAUAUUCAACUUGGAUAUGUUAAAUAACAGAUCUGAAACGCCUCUUCACAAAGCAGCCACUAAUGGCCGCUGGAAGAAUGUCAAAUUACUGUUAGAACAUGGAGCCUCUGCAAAUAUCCAGUCUGAUGAUGGCAACACAGCCUUGAUGAGGGCCUUGAAACAACACUUUGAUAAUAUUGCCAAAACCUUGCUGGCAGCUGAGGCAGAUGUCAAUAUUCGAAACAAACGAGGUGAAAAUGCGCUGCUCAUCGCUGCCAAGUCCGGUUGUACUGAGAUGGUGAAGCUCCUAAUCCAGGCGGGGGCCGAUCCCCUUUCUUCGACAAAUAUGGGAAAUACUGGACUUUCAUUGGCAGCCAAUAAAGAUAUUGCAGAGUUGUUUGUGCAGGCCGGGGCAGAUGUCAAUUUAAGGAAUGUUCACGGCCAAACUCCUUUGCACUGUGCUGUGAAGAAAAGUAAAACUGAUGUCUUUAAGUUACUGUUAGCUCAUGGUGCUAAUGUUAACAUGAAGGAUUUCUAUGGGAAUACACCGUUAAUCAUUGCAGACCAUGUUUUACAAUCUGACAUUAUUUUGAGUCUCAUCAGAGCAAAGGCAGAUGUAAAUAUACAGAACAAGAAGGGGAAGACUGCCUUAAUGUAUGCAACCAACUUCACCCAUGCCAUAUUCUGUAGGAGGUACAAACUAAAAAUAGAUGGAAUAAAUGUCAGGGACACACUGUUAAAGUCUGGUGCUGACGUUAACUUAAAAGAUAAUACAGGCCGCACAGCUCUAAUGUACAACUGCCAAGAGGUUCAGGAGGCUUCAGACGAAUAUGAUAAACUGGUAAAAUAUGGAGCUGAUCUUGAAGCAGAGGAUUACCAUGGCAGAACAGUUUUGGUUCAAGUACUGCUGACUGAUGGAAUGACUUUCAUGGCCGGUAAUCUUUUAAAUAUGGGAGCGAAUCCAGUGCUAAAGGCUGCAUACCGGAACAUUCUAAUGAAACCAUCUGAUGGGUUUUUUAUGGAUUUUGAGAGGAAUAUAUUUCUAAGGCUUUUUGUGUGUAAUGGUGUUGUCAAUAUGGUGUAUUUUAACAGCUACUUUCCUAUGAUUCUAGAUACCUGUGUAGAAUUAUGUCUAUGCUAUGGCGGCCAUGACUUGCUAAGAUAUGUUCUUGCAAACUGUUACAUUUCUAAUAAGGAUUUGUCCUUUAUAAGGCUGAAAAAUUAUGCUGUGAUGGACACCUCACAAGAAGAAUUAAGUCCUGAUCAAAAAAAAAGGAUCGCACUGCUUCAAAGAGCUGCAUGUCAACCCUGGCCAUUGGCCAAUCUUGCCUUCAUAGCUGUUUCCACAAUGAUGGGCGAGAGUCCCGAAAGAGAGGACCGCAUCCAGAAUUCACAGCUGCCUAAUCCACUCAAAGACAUGUUGAUGUUUAAGACAAAAGUCGCCCGUACAACUGUUGAAGAGUGGUCUACACUUCCUUUAUGUUUUGAAGCUUAA